AUGCGGCCUGUAGACAUCCUCUCCAUAUUCACGCUUAUUCCUGCAACCUAUGCCCAAUGUCCCUCAUACUCCGAAUAUGCUAGACAGAGGCACGAACCGUUUACUGGAGGGAGCCUUAACUUGUCAUAUGCUCGGCCUAUAGAAGCCUGCCGAACAUUCAUCUCACAAGAGGUGGAAGACACAAUUGAACGACUGCGCCAUGUAAUCAAGGAUCCUGACCUCUUCCGGGUCUUCGAGAAUAGUUGGCCAAGUACACUGGACACGACGAUUGCAUGGCAAGGUUAUGCAGACCAGACUGCUGAAGAGGACGAAGAUGGUGAGCAGAGGGAGACGCAAGAGGAGCUCACAUUUGUGGUCACGGGAGACAUUGAAGCAAUGUGGUUGCGAGACAGUGCAAACCAAUUACAAGCCUACGUCUCCCUACUGAAGCCAUCCAAAAGUCAGAACAGUUUUGCGAGUCUCUUCCGCGGUGCCAUCAACCUGCAAGCUCGUUACAUCUUGGAGAACCCCUUCUGUAACGCCUUCCAGGCCCCUGUAGAGAGUGGAAUCAAGCGCAAAAGCAGUAUGAACAGCGAUGAAAUCACCCCUGCUUUUGAUGACAUGAGCGUCUUCUCCUGUCAAUGGGAACUCGAUAGCUUCGCCUCCUUCUUGCAGCUCUCCGCCGACUACGCAACCGCAACGAAAGACUACGACUUUUUCAAACAGACCAGAAACUGGACGAAAGCCGUGGAAACAAUCUUACGGACCGUGGAGAGCAUGAGGAUUGAUUCCUACACCCCAGACGGCGCAUGGCAGCACACACCCUACACCUACUGUGCACCUUAUGGCGGAACCCCAAUCAACCGCUGCAACGGAAGUCCACACAAAGGCAACAUCGGCCUCAUACGCAGUUACCAUCGUCCAAGUGACGAUGCGUGUACGUACCAGUACCUUAUCCCCUCUAACAUGAUGUUCAGCUCCGCCCUCAACGCCUGCUCCAUCAUCGCAUCUACCAUCUCGCCGCGAUCCGGCAAGCUAAGCAGAUGGAUCAAACGCACAAGCACCCACAUCAACCGGGGCAUCGACGCCUACGGCAUCAUCGACGACAAACUGCACGGCAAAAUAUACGCCUACGAAGUCGACGGCUUCGGCAGCGCAAACGUCAUGGAUGAUCCCAACGUCCCCUCUCUACUCUCCGCCCCCUUCAUCGGCUACACAACCCUCCACGACCCCAUCUACGCCAACACACGCCGCAAGAUUCUCUCGCGCGAGAACCCCUAUUUCGCCCAGGGCCCCGUGCUUUCGGGCGUGGGGUCCCCGCACACCCUGCCCGGGCGUGUGUGGCCGAUGGCGCUGAUCGUCACCAUCCUGACGAGCGAGGACGAGGACGAGAUUCUCGCGAAUUUGCAGAUGUUGGUGAGGAGUACGGAUGGGCUUGGGUUGAUGCAUGAGAGUGUGGAUGCGAGGAGUGAGAAGAUCUGGACGCGGCAGUGGUUUAGUUGGGCGAAUGGCUUGUUUGGGAGCAUGAUUUUGGAUUUGGAGAAGCGGAGACCGCAUUUGUUGAGUAUGUUUAAUAGUAGUGCUAGUGUUGGUGCGGGAAGUCAUCCUUUAUAA